ACACCCAAGGCAAUCUGCAAUUACCUAGGGUCGAAGUUUUCUUCUGGGCUCAAAUUCACUCGGCUACAGUGGGCCAGAAGCAACCUGGAAUUUAAGGUGGAUGCACAGCCUUGCUUUGCUUCGAGUGUUUUCCCUUUACGAUGAAUGGUCUUCGUUGCUGCCGCCAACAUAGACGCUGGGCAAAGGCACUCCACAUGCAGAGCGUUUGCCUCAGGCGUGGCGUUUUCUUCCUUGCAAGUUUUAUUUGUGUACAAGGGUGCGGAAGGUUUCAGCUAGGCGACGGAGUGAGCCGGUGCACGCCACAAGUUCGGGUCGGAUGGCGGACGGCGAUCUUCACAGCCACUGAAAAUGCUGCAUCAAGCUUUCUUUGGUGGAGCGGAGUGUCUGGGAUGGCUCACGCACAAGGCAGCCGUCGAGGCACCGGACGGUCGACAGGCUUCCAGCUAACGCGUAUAUAAUAGGAAGCGGUAAUGCACGCUCGACUCAGCCUCGUGAUACUUACGUGGAUGGUCAUAGAAGUGCCAACGCUGUCUUCUACGGUCUGUCGGCGACCGCGAACCCUCCUGCCGACAUAGUCGAUGUCUCUCAGACCAAGGAUGGAAACGAAG